CUUCUCGACAUAAUUAUCAGUUUAAUGAUUAAGAUCAGAGGGGAGGGAAAGACACAACUUAGGAAACAUUGCUUAAAUUUCCUGAAAGUACAGACCAAAUCCGAAUUUAACCCCCCUCUACCCACUCCCUCGCAGCAGUAGCAGCGUAAAGACUCACCCAAAACAACCCCGUCAAUUAAGGAUAGAAACAAAAAAGUUUCACCCACUUCAACGCUAUGAUGGCUUCCAAGAUGAAUUUGGCAGUUGUACUGAUAUCCGUCGUCGUGGUCAUGAUCGUUGGAUCUGUCACUUCAUUCGACCUUCGCUCCGAACCUGAGAGCCAUGUCAAGCAAACACGGUCCAUCGUGUCAAUGGACGUUUCCCAACCGCACCAACCGAUCCAGGUUUGUGGAUUACGUUUGCUCGAUGCGGUCCGUGCCAUUUGUCGCAAUCGGGGCGGAUACGUGAUGACGCGAAGGUCGGAUCCCUCACUCUUGGCCCCACUCUACGAGGAACUGGAGAUUCCCAUGAGCAACUCUUUGGACGAAGCAUCCCAAUAUCCCAAUGACGCCUUUGCCUCCGAAAACGGGGUCGACUUCCCAGACUCUGGAGACCUUUGGAGCAAUGCACGAGCCUACAAGGCGCUGACCGAGUCCAAGGGCGCUCACCCCCGCGUGAGACGAAAUAUUAUCGACGAAUGUUGCAAACGUCCUUGCAACCCGCACCAAAUGGUGAAAUAUUGUGGACGAGCGUAGAUACUUAUUAACUAGAAAAGUUGCUAAUUACACUCGAGAUAAUGUCUUUUAAUGUAGGCGACUUUCAAAGCUCUCUUCAUUUCUGGUAGCAUUCGUAGUGUCUCAACUUCUCCAAUUCUGUACUAAAUAGCAACUCUAUCAAUUUAUUAGUAAUUCACUAUGUUAAAAGUGAUAUCAACUUGAUAUCGAAGGAGGGCUCACUUGAAUUUAUUCCUGCUCUAAAGCGUUUGUGAUUUCUGUUGUUAUGUUAUAAAGACUAAAAUACUGGUGCAUUAGGCACGUUUCUAGCGUAUAAGCAAGUAUGUUAAGCUUCGAAGUGAAUCUGUCAUUAAGAAGAAUUCUUUCACUAUCCCAACUCAUGCAUUGACUUAAAAUCAUUUCUCAGCGUGUCCAUCUCAUUAGUUGUCAGUUUUAACCACAUAUUUUACCACUUGGUAUUUAUGAAGCACUUUUUUGAACCACUAACAUACAAGCCUUCAUAUUUUUAGUGUCUAUUUAGUCACAAAGCUUAUCAACUGCAGAAUAUGUCAAGUCCUCCUGCUUAACUUUAUUAGGUAUACCACAUGAAAUAUUUUGCCUCUGCUGAUUGUAAUUAAAAUAAAACAAAGUCGCCCAUUUGUAAGUGAUGCAUA